AUGACUGCAGCUUCUGAUCAUGUUUAUUUUGAAGAAGAGUCUUCAAUGCCGACCCUUACUUCUCAGUCAAGCAAUUGUCAAGCCAUUUUGAAUCCAUCCAAGUAUCCUGAACCUCUUCAGAUUAUGGUGGAAUGUAUGAAAUGUUCUUUUCUAAGUAGAGCUUUGUCAACAGCAAAAGAGGUUCCGAUGAGAAUUGUCACUCUUGCAUUCACCACAGCAAUCGUCAACAAAAUGAGUGAUACGGUUUCGUUUGAACUUCAAGGUGGGAAGCGAACAACCAUUUCUAAGACAAAUUUUGCAAAACUUUUAUGUCUUCCAACUCAAGGACCGUAUGUUACUCCAACAAGUGAAGAGCUCAUUGAUAUGUUCAAUUCUAUGGGUCAUGAACCUUAUAUGAAGAAGGUAUCUGAUUUCAAAAAGAGCAGGCUUCCUGCUGUUUGGAGUCUGCUAUUUGGUUUCAUUCUUCGUGGCUUAACAAGUCGUGCUUGUGGAUUGGAUGCUGCACGCAGAGAGGUAUUGUCUCUUAUGUAUGGGUUGUAUAAAGGUGUGGAUGUUGAUUUUGCUACGGUGCUUUGGGGUGACUUUGUUGAUAGCAUCAAACAUUCAAAAAGGGCAACUGAACUUUCUGCACAUAGAUUUUGGGGUUUAAUAGUUUCUCAAGCUUAUGAAUUUCAUAAAAUUCCAAUUGAAGAGUCUGAAAUUCCGAAGAUGGUGAUUCAUCAAAUUAGUAUUCCGACCAAAGUUGAUCAGUCUCAUUUCUCUUUUGUUGGUCAGAUUCCUGAAGAAAUGUUGAGUUUGAUUAAAACUCCAAGUAAGAUUUUGGAUCAAUACAGGGCUACUCUUAUCAUUCCUUAUCCUGUUCGACCAAAACCUCAAGAAGAAGAUGUUCAGAUUGCAAGAGUUACAAGAAUGACUGUGCAGAAAAGAAAAACUCCAUUUGUCAAAGCUGAAGCUAUGAGAAAGUCAAAGCGAGUGAAGAAACCAAAGAUUGUUGAAGAAUCUGUUGACGAAGAAGAGGAUGAGCAACAACAUGAGGGUGGUUUGAAUUUUGAAGAAAAUAUUCCUAUAACCACAACCCAGACAAUUGUCAAAACUUCUUUAGUGGAGACAAUUCCAAUGUCUGCUGCUACAACUCCAGUCAAAACUACAUUGGUUGAUAUAGUUCCCAUUUCAGAACCUGUUUUUGAAACUCAUAUUUCCAAACCAAUGUCUAUCUCUGAACCUCUAACCAUUUCUGAAGAAGAAGAAGAGGUUGAUGGAUUUGUGUUUAAGGCUGGGGAGGAUCCUUCUUUUGAUGAUGUUGUCAAUAAUUUUGAAAUGGCUGCUCUUGGUGAAGGUUUAGCUGAUUCUGAUGAAGAGGAUGACGAAGAUGAUAAUCAGUUGAUGUCUAAAAGAGAUUUUAAGAAGUUAAAUCGUAAGCUUAAUGUUGUAUUACAAUCUCUUGAUUCCAAUACUCAACCUGCCCAACAUUUGAAUCAAGAAAAAAUGCUUGCUGAUUGGUCAGUCAUACUUUCUGAUCAACACAAAAAGAUUGAUUCAUUAACGACUGGUUUUGAUUUUUUCAAAGCUCACAUAAAUAUUGAAACCAAGUCCCAUAUGACGAAGGUACAAGAAGUUAUGUUUAAUGAGCGCAAAAAGCUUCUUGAUGAAAUCAUGAAAAUGAGAGAAGAGAAUGAGAAGUCUUUAAAUAAGGCAUUUAGUGAUCUCAAAAGUGAACAUAAAAAUUCUCUCAAAAGUCUAAAUGAAUCUCUUACGGAAGCGAAACAGAGAGAAAUUACUUUACAAAGGAGAGAAGGAGAAAGUCAGGAAUUGAAUCUCAAGAAUCCAGAGAUCAUUCUUAUAUCAUCCGAAGCUACUUUAGUUCAACCUUCGACAUCAGUUCCUGUUCUAUCUUCUGAAUAUACCUUACCAUCUACCAUAUCAAACACUGUUGUAUUUCCUGUUUCUACCCAAUUCAUAAAGAGUAUUCCUUUCCCAUUAUCAAAACCUCUUUUAAUUGGUUCAACUGCUGUUACUACGAUGCCUUUAUCAAGUUCUGAACCAAGUUCUUCAAAAGGAAAAGAAAAGAUGUUAGUGCUAGCUGAGGAAAAAAGUAGUUUUCAUGUGAAUUUUGAUGCAGAGUACACCAAGAAAUUUGCUGAAGAAGAAAAAGGGGAAGCUGAGAAUAGGGUAAAGCUGAUAAGAAGUCCGGGAUUUUCUAAAAAUAUUGUGUUUGAUCUUGUUCGUAAAGAAAGUUGCUUAAUUAUCAAUUCUUUGGAAAAGCAAAUUGAUUUUCCUAUAUCUCCAAGGGCAUAUGGCUAUCCUAUAAUGGGUCUAAAGAUUAAUGAAAAUAUUGAUGAUUUGACUUGCUGGGAAACCUUCAAAAUGUUUUUGGAGUCCAAAGAUGAUCAGAAGGGUUGA